AUGGCAUCAUAUUAUUAUUCUACAUAUGCCAUUGUCUUCUACGUGGCAAUCCUUAUAGCUACUGUCGUGGCAUUGGAUUUGCUUUUCACAGGAAAUGGAGAAUUAUUCAAUGUCGGCAGAUUCUUGAUUGAAACAGACCCAUACAUGUGGGCCCUACUAGGAACUUCAUUAUGUGUCGGCCUAUCUGUCUUUGGUGCUGCUUGGGGCAUCUUCAUUACUGGAUCAACCAUACUUGGUGCUGCUGUCAAAACACCAAGAAUACAAACAAAGAAUCUCAUUAGUAUCAUCUUUUGUGAAGUUGUCGCCAUCUAUGGCUUGAUUUUGGCCAUUGUCUUUUCUGCCAAAAUGAGUUACAAUAAUGAAGAGGGCGUCUCAUUGACUCGGUCUGCUUACUUUGCCGGAUUGACUGUCGGAUUUGCAAAUUUAGCAUGUGGUGUAUCAGUCGGCAUUGCUGGAAGCUCUUGUGCUCUAGCUGAUGCUGCAGAUGGUUCUCUGUUUGUGAAGGUCCUUGUUAUCGAAAUUUUCGGAUCUGUAGUAGGACUUUUUGGCCUGAUUGUAGGCCUAUUGCUCUCAGGGAAAGUUGCCGAUUUUAGGUGA